AUGGAUGUUGGCUCUAAGAAAUGCAUACACAGCUUGGACGAAAUUUCGGGUGAAAUGGUGGUAACAUUAUUGCUGACGAUGACAUGGAAAGAAGAGCGAAUGACUUGGGACCCCGCAGAUUAUGACAAUAUGUCCUCAUUGGUGAUGGAAAGUGAAGAUUUAUGGAAACCUAAGUUGUAUCUUCGUCAGUCUGCGUUCAAUGUUGAGCAAGUUGGAGAAAUGAAUAACAACCUGAAAGUAGUUCAUAAUGGCGAUGUUAUUUGGAGUGCCGGAGACGUUAUUAGAUUUAUUUGUUCAGUUGAUGCAACCUAUUAUCCAUUUGAUAACCAAACCUGCCAGAUGAGUUUUUCAAGCCUGUCGUAUUCCGCAAAGGAAAUGACACUGUAUGCAAAGUCUGAGAAAGUCAAUCAAUCAUUCUUCAGCAUCAACAGUCAAUGGGAAUUCACAAAAGGACAUGUGUAUAGUGAAUAUGCAUUUACCUUUAACAUUGACCUGCAUAUUAAACGGAAAACCGGAUUUCUUCUUGUCUACAUCAUAAUCCCGUUGGUAUUUCUUGGAUGUAUAAACGGCUUUGUGUUCCUCAUGCCAGCAAGUAGCGGUGAAAGGACUUCAGUGGCAAUAACUGUGUUUUUAUCUUUUAUUGUCUAUAUGCAACGAGAAAAAGGCGCGUCCAGCAAACAGAUGAAACGAAACAUGGCAGCGCAUUAG